AAACAACAGAGGUUAUCCCUGUGAAUUGUAUUACUGAAUCACAGUCAGGAUCGAGGGAGAUUUUGGAUCAACCCUUUCUGGAGGAAAUCAGUCUAGAUGCUGGACAAGCUCAAAAUGGUUCGGAUAUUGGAAAUAUUACCACAAAUAUUUCAAAACAGAUUCCCCAAAUAUUAAACUCACAGGAAAAUACAAAUAAUUAUAAUUCUGCGGAUUACCCCAUAAAACUGCGAAAGAGAAAGGAAAUGAGGGAAGAUCGAGAUCGAUCACGGCUAGAUUCCAUGGUACUGCUCAUUAUGAAAUUGGAUCAGCUUGACCAAGACAUUGAAAAUGCUCUCAGCGCAAGCUCGUCUCCAUCCAAUACCCCGACUGUUAAAAGAAGGCAUAUUCCUGAGUUGGAAUCUGAUUCAGAAAAUGGAGCAGAUGUAAUAGUAAUCAAUCAAAACCAGAAAACGCAUCUUGUCAGCUCACCACUUGGAUCAACAUCCACUGUGCCAUGUCUGGGGGCUAAACCAAAGACUGGGGCAAUGCCGAUGAUAACAGAAAAAGGGAAGGCUGAGGUCGAGGCCAAGGAGGCCUGUGAUUGGCUGCGGGCGGCAGGGUUCCCACAAUAUGCCCAGCUGUAUGAAGAUUUGCUGUUUCCCAUUGAUAUUUCUUCAGUGAAGAGGGACCACGAUUUCCUGGAUCGAGAUGCAAUUGAAUCUCUUUGCAGACGAUUGAACACCCUUAAUAAAUGUGCUGUGAUGAAACUAGAAAUAAGCCCACAGAGAAAAAGGAGUGAAGAUUCAGAUGAAGAUGAGCCUUGUGCUAUCAGUGGCAGAUGGACUUUCCAGAGGGACAGCAAACGAUGGUCACGGUUAGAAGAGUUUGAUGUUUUCCCACCAGCAGAGGUGACAAAUGACAUCUCUGGCAAUGAAGUUUUGCUGAAGAACGCAGUGAGUCAUGAAAGUGUACUGACUGAUCUAAGUGAGCGGCAAGAAGUGGCAUCGAUUCACAGUGCUAGCAGCACAGGGAGCAGCGGUGCAAACUUGCAGAAGGAUGUGGAGGCCAAAAGGACAAAUUCUGAGAUAAGCGUAAUUUCCUCAGGGAACUCUAUUACAAAUGAAGAUUCAUUCAGCAACCUCCCUUCACCAAAGGAUGUCUCCAGUUUUACCUUCAAUGCGAAAGCUGAAAGGAACACAAAAUCCAAGGCCAAGAGCUUCUUGAAGAGGAUGGAGAGCCUGCGUAUUAAAAGUUCCCACAGCAAAAAGAAACUUCCUUCAAAAAAUAACCUGGUCAUCAGUGGACCUGUGCUCCAAGAAGGCAUCGACGAGGAAAAAUUGAAACGCCUGAACUGCAUCGAGAUAUCUACACUCAAUGGCAACCAUGUCAAUGCUCCUAUGACCCGAAAUCAAAGUGUUUCUUAUUCUACGCAAACCAGUAGCAGCAGUAGCCAAUCAGAGACCAGCAGUGCAGUUAGUACACCCAGCCCCGUCACCAGAACUCGCAGCCGCAGCACAUGCAAUAAGCGAAGUGGAAUGUAUUUAGAGGGCUUUGAUCCUUUUAGUCAAUCAAUGCUUAAUGACACCAGACAACAAAAUUUAAAGAAUCAGAAGAGCACAGAAGAGGACAUUAUCUUCUAUAUACCUGAGGAUCACAAGCCAGGUACCUUUCCUAAAGCACUUUCUAAUGGCAACUCCUACCACCCUGACAGCUCUUCUGUCAAUUGGCGACAUGGAAGUUUUCAUGGACACAGACACAAAAGCCUGACCAGGGAGAGCAGCGCUGACAGCUCAAAAGAAUCCAACUUCGGACGGAGGCGGAACUCAUGUAGCUCUCAAGGCAGCCGUCUCAGUAUCUAUGACAAUGUACCAGGAUCCCACCUUUACUCCAGCACUGGAGAUCUAGCAGAUCUAGGGAAUGAGGAGGACAUUUUCCCAGAACUGGAUGACAUUCUACACCAUGUCAAUGGGCUACAAAGGAUUGUAAACCAGUGGUCAGAAAAACUCUCCGAUGAGGGGGACUCGGAUUCAGCAAUGGAUUCUAUUUCUCCCUGCCCAUCUUCCCCCAAACAAAUACACCUGGAUAUCGAAAAUGGCAGGGUCUCACCUAGUGACAUUGACAGCACUGGGACCUCCAUCAAUGAGACAGAGGAGCAACCUGUGAUUCAGGAGAGGAGGGAUUCAGGUGUUGGUGCAUCACUAACAAGAUCAAACAGGCGACAAAGACUACGAUGGGGCAGUUUCCAGAUAUCUCACAGGCCGAGCUUAAAUUCAGCCUCUUUGCAGAUUAACAGCCAGUCAGUUGCACAAAUGAACCUGCUCCAGAAGUUCUCUCUACUGAAGCUUACUGCCCUGAUGGAGAAAUAUUCACCCUCUAACAAGCAUGGAUUUAAUUGGGCUGUGCCCAAGUUUAUGAAGAGGAUCAAGGUUCCAGACUACAAGGACCGGAAUGUUUUCGGAGUUCCACUGCUGGUGAAUGUUCAGCGUUCAGGACACCCUCUCCCUCAGAGUAUUCAGCAAGCCAUGCGUUACCUUCGCAACCACUGCCUUGACCAGGUUGGAUUAUUCCGGAAGUCUGGAGUAAAGUCAAGGAUCCAAGCCUUGCGACAGAUGAAUGAGACCUGCACAGAUGGUGUAAACUAUGAAGGCCAGUCAGCCUACGACGUGGCGGAUAUGCUUAAACAAUAUUUCAGAGACCUGCCAGAGCCACUGAUGACCAGCAAACUUUCAGAAACCUUUCUUCAGAUCUACCAGUAUGUCCCAAAGGAUCAACGUCUCCAGGCAAUCCAGGCCGGCAUCAUGCUGCUGCCUGAUGAGAAUCGAGAGGCUCUGCAGACCCUCCUCUACUUCCUCAGUGACGUUGCAGCUGUUGUAGAAGAAAACCAGAUGACGCCUACAAACCUCGCAGUAUGCCUGGCCCCUUCACUCUUCCAUCUGAACACCCUCAAGAGAGAAAACUCCUCCCCAAGAGUGAUCCAGCGGAAACAAAGCUUGGGCAAACCCGACCAGAAGGACCUGAAUGAAAACUUGGCUGCUACCCAGGGUCUGGCCCACAUGAUCGCUGAGUGCAAAAAACUUUUCAAGAUUCCAGAGGAAAUGAUGAGCCAAUGCCGUAACUCUUACAUGGAGCAGGAUUUGCAGCCAGUCAGCUUGGAGCAGCUGGGCCAAACCAGCAACGGUGAAUCCUCUGACUACCGGGCUCAUCUGCAGAAUUACAUCCAUACGCUGCUGAAGGAGGCCAAGGACAAGUUCAAAGGCUGGGUCAAUUGUUCAACAUCCGAGUCAGCAGAGCUAGCCUACAAAAAGGUUUGCGAUGGCCCACCUCUAAAACUGUGGAAGGCUUCUAUUGAAGUCCCUGUUGCCCCAGAAGAUGUUCUCUGGCGGAUACUGCGAGACCGUCAUCUCUGGGAUGAUGACCUCCUUAGUUCAAAGGUCAUUGAAAAUUUGAAUAGUCAAACUGACAUCUAUCACUACGUCCAAAGCAGCAUGGCCCCACAUCCAACCAGAGAUUACGUGCUCAUAAGGACCUGGAAGACUAACUUGCCUAAGGGCAGCUGUGCAUUGGUGGCCACGUCAGUGGAGCACAAUGGGACACCAGUGGUUGGAGGAGUCCGAGCUAAUGCCCUUACCUCACGAUAUCUAAUAGAGCCCUGCGGGUCAGGGAAAUCUAAGCUCACCUACUUGUGCAGGAUAGACACAAGGGGACGGAUGCCAGAAUGGUACAAUAAAGCUUUUGGACACUUGUGUGCAGCAGAAAUUGUUAGAAUACGAGACUCUUUUAUUAUUCACGGCUCCGGCAGUCAAGAAACCAAGCAUUAGGAGACACCUUCCAGUAAACUAGUCUGUUAACUCUGAAGCAGGGCGCUUCAAAGAAUAACUCUAUAUGUUUGAAAGGAAACUGUGGUGGACCUGCAUUACCUGUUUAUGAGAGGUCUGCAUGAAUCAGACCUUGAAUGAAUGAUUUUAUUUUUAAUAGAAUUCUUAAUUUUGACUGUAGCGAUGUACUUUAAAAAGCUGCUUAAUUCAUUCAUAAGGGCUGAGAUAUAGGCCUUUACUGGAAUAUGGUUGGAAUAAUGGCCUUUAGGUAAAUAUGAAGUGCAAACAUGCAUUGCACUUGCUUGUUUAGGGGCCACAAUUGCUUCUAUGAAGCAUCAAGCAUUUUAUGUAAUAUAAAUCAUGUGUAUGUAAAAGAAUACCCUGGUGCAUUCUUGUGAUUUUUUUUGUAUUACUAUCCAUAACUUCAUAGUUUAUGAACCAUUGUUGUAUUUUUCAGAGUUAUGCUUUUCUGUUGUGCUUACUUGGUUCAGUUAUCUAGUUAACAUGGUGCACCUGGAGGAGUGUGUGCUUGAGUGUGUUUCUAAGGAGCUGAAAUGUGGGAGAUUGUGUAAAGGGUGGUGUCUGGUACACUUCUUGCUUGGAACACAUUCACAUGGCAGAAUGACAUCCAUCAAUUGAGAGUCCAGUAGAAUUAAAGGUUUCAAUGUCAUAACUUAUGUGAAAGACAAUGGGGACCACUUUAGGGCCACUUCUCCCCAUCUGAACUUUGAUUUUUUUUCCGUCAUGCUAGAUUCAUACAAGUCUCUACAUCUGGGAGUUUUGCCUACCAACUACACAGCCCAAGAUUUGGAAAGGGUUUGCUUGGAGCAAGAGAACAAUCUUAAUCCCUCUAAAUAUUGUUUGUUUGUACAAUUAAGACACCAGCUACAUCUUAAAAGUGGAAGGCUGGGUUCUUUUGAUGAACAAUACUACAUAUUUUGUAGCACCCACUAUUCAGGAUCCUUGUAAAGUCCUGAAAGUUUCUAGGAAUAGAGACAUUUUUUUAAUGCAGUGACAAAUUUGCAUAUAUAUACCUACAACCAGACUAUACUACAUUUUUAAUAAACAACAUGCUGCUUAUUUUAUCCAAGGUGAACAUAACAUUUUGAAGCUACUGUUGCCUUGGAGGAGUAACAUAGGAACUGCCAUGAAAGAGAACAUUUUGGACCUUUGUGGGGAUAAUUCUGGGGACCUGACGCACAUUUUUUAAUCAGUCAUAUCUGUUAUAUAUUGUGACAAUGUUCGCCUGUUAGCACGUUGAGAUAAACUAAAAUAGUUCUUGAGUAAGAUGCAGCCCUUUUUUUUACUCUGUGUCCCCUUUGAAGCAGAAAAUUGUUGUGGGAUAAUUUUCCAUCUAUUCCAAUAUUUUAAUACAUCAGCUGCUGAAAAUCGACUCUGAAAAUCAAGGAAUACAAUAUCUUUGCUUAAAGUGCUAACUCACAGCCUCCCCAGAUAUCUGCAACCCACCCCACUAAGAUUCAUGGGGUCAGGAGGAAAGUAUUUACAAUGAUAACGAUGAGUGUCCGCACCAUGAGAGGUGCAUCCUGAGCAACAUCCAUUGUUGCCAAGUCAAGGCUGGGAUUGGCAAACUUUUCCCAGCUGGCUCCCAAUGUAAGGAAGCUUUUUUUUUAAAGGAUGCUGUUAUAGUGGUUUUGAUUUGGAGCAGUAAUCUUGAGAUUGUUAAAAUCCCAUCAAAGAAAAUGAUUUUAACAAAUAUGAUACUUAUCUGAGUUCAAGGAAAACAUAUACAAAAUAUUGCAGAAGCUACAAAUCUGAAGAAAGUGUUCAGGAACUCUCCUGCCUUCUACUUUAUCACUUUGUUCUUUCCUCUCCUCCCCCAUUUCUGUACUUGUUUUAUCUCUGACUUUUUCCUGUUCUGACAAAAAGUCAUCACUUGAAACAUUGUUUCUUUUUCUGCAGAUGUUUUCCUGACUAGCUAAGUGUUUCCAGUAUUUAUUAUAUAUAUAGCACAAGGAAGAACAUGUCUAUGAAGGUCACUGAUUGUGGUAGAAACCCAGCUAGUAGCCUAUCAGGGAAGAGAACUUGCAAUUCCUAACUGUUUCAGUCCCAAGAUACAUGUUUGACUCAAAAUGGGCCAGCAAGUUAUAAUCAGUUCAAUCACCACCAUCUCAGGGGUACCUGUAGUGGCAAUAAGUACAACCUUUCCACGUCCUGAGAGGAAAUAGAUAGAAAGUUACUAAAUGUAUUUUUGGUCCUCCAGUCCAGGAUCCUGGCCGGGAUCUGCUAGACACCAGAUCCAAGAACAGUCAGGCCAAUGUUUGAAAAUCCCCACUUAAUGCAAUGACCCAAGAAGGGGCAAGCAGAGGCCCCAAUUCUCAAGGCAACCUCCAAAGCUCGAGGGAAGGAGGUAUUUGAUUGUCAGGCACAACUCUGCCAAUGUUACUGUUGGGAUGUUUUGGGUGUGCAGAGCCCAUGCAAUAACACAAUAUUUUCCCAUUUUGAUUAUGUGUUGCUGUAUGGUCAAUAUGUUUUUCUUGGACUGUGUGGCUUUGUCGUAGGAUCAGAACUAUGAGUCCACUUUAAAACUAUUUCAAGGCAUACAUGUAUGGUGUCAAUUUAUUACACUUGUGUGAUGGGCCUCCAAAUAAGAUUAUCACAUAUGUUUAGUUAGUCUUCAUUACAUUUCAUAUUAGAACCAACAUUCUGCAAUUCCCAUCAAAGAUUUACUAUUCAUGGGAUUAGAUAAUAUUUGAAAUAGCAAGCAACAGAAGAUCCCCAACUUUAUUUCUGAGUAAUCUAGACAUGUUAAUAAUAAUCUUUAACCUUUUAUUGCUUUUAUUUUUGUUUUAAUUUUGGCUUUCCAUCCUCACUUGACAAUCAUGAGAGUUUGUUAACAAUCACAGGGUGCUAGGUGCCAAGUGGUCCUCAAAUAGAAAGUACCUUUCUUACAGGUUUUACUGUAACAUAACUGUUUGAGGCUUUAAAUGGAAUGUAGUUAAUACAUAAGCUGCCAUUGGGAAUUCAUGACCCUUUUUUAAUAUGUGGGUGCUGGAGCCCUAAGUGAGCAGAAUUUAAAAGAAGGAUUUAUCUAAUAUUGUUUAAAAUAUUUACCAUUCAGUGUUAUGUAAAGAGCAUUUAGUGAAAUUUGUGGCAAUGAAAACAAUUCUAUUAGUAAUUAUAUCAGUGUUGUCCCUCCAUUUUAAAAUGCUAGCUUAUCUUUCUGUCUGUUUUGUUACCAGAAUUUCUUUGGUAUUUGUAGAAUUUGAAGUCACUGUAUAUACCAUUAUAUUGUAAACGUAUACACAUGUCUAGCUGCAUACUGCCAAAUAGGGAUAACGCAUGUUAUUAAUUAUUUAAAUAUUCAUGUAUUUAUACCUCAAUUAUACUUUUUGUACCUUUUUAAAAUAUUGUAAAUAUUUUACUCUCUCAAAGCUAAGGCGUAAACAACCUAGAAUGUGUUUAUAUCUUUGUAUGUCUGUACAGUUAUAACCAUCAUGUGCACUAUUAAAUGUGUUAAAUAAGA